GUGAGUGACGCGGUUGAGUAGCGAAACAGCAGCGGACAGGACAAGAAACAAUGGCGACAGCGGCAACUGCAGCGGGUGGAACGGGUUCAGGGGGACCAGCAGCCGGCCCUAUGGGCGUCGGUACUGCGGUGGGCCGUAAAAAGGAUGGAGGUCCUUCCUCGAAAUACUGGGAGAGCGCAGAAACGGUCUCUCAGAUCGAUUCGGUGCGCCAAUGGAUCGGGAAACACUACAAAAAGUAUGUCCAGGCAGACUCUCCCUCCAAUAAGUCCCUGGCAGGGCUGGUGGUGCAGCUGCUUCAGUUCCAGGAAGAUGCUUUCGGACGGAGGGUCAACAACCCUGCCCUCACCAAGUUACCUACCAAGAGCUUCCUGGACUUCAAGGCAGGGGGUGCUCUGUGUCACAUCCUGGGCUCUACCUACAAGUUCAAGAGCGAGCAGGGCUGGCGUAGGUUUGACCUGCAGAACCCCUCCAGGAUGGAUAGGAAUGUAGAGAUGUUUUUGAAUGUAGAGAAAACCCUGGUUCAGAAUAACUGCCUGACUCGACCAACUGUAUUCCUGGUGCAUGACAUGGAGCAGAAGCAGGCCAAUAAGCUGAAGGACAUCAUCAAGAGACACCAGGGCUCCAUCACUGAGGACAAGUCUAAGGCCACCCAUCAUAUCUACCCCUCUCCAACCCAGCAGGAGGAUGAGGAGUGGCUGCGUCCGGUCAUGCGUAAGGACAAGCAGGUGCUGGUGCACUGGGGCAUGUACCCAGACAGUUAUGACACCUGGGUGUCCACCAGCGACGUGGAAGGGGAUGUGGAGGACCCACCCAUCUCUGAGAAGCACUGGAAGGUGCAUGCCAAGUGGGUCCUGGACACAGACGCCUUCAACGAGUGGAUGAAUGAGGAAGACUAUGAGGUGGACGAGAACAAGAAGACUGUGAGCUUCCGCCAGAGGAUCUUCCCAAAGGAGGAGGAGUCUUCCCGUACACCCGAUCGUAAGGAGCGCAAGGCCAACGCCGCCGGGAAGAAGAGGAGGCGCUCGCCUUCUCCCCCGACCACCCCAGCCGAGUCUCGCAAGAAGGGUGGCAAGAAGGGGAAUCCUGGGUCUCACUGGAAGCGUCGUGGCCACCGUGGCGAGGAGGAGGAGGAGGAAGAGGACCUGACCAAGGACAUGGAGGACCCCUCGCCUGUUCCCAGCAUGGAGGAGGUCACUUUGCCCAAGAACGUGAACCCUAAGAAAGAUAGCGAGAACACCCCAGUGAAGGGCGGGGCAGUGGCUGACUUGGAUGAUCUGGAGGAUGACUCUGUGGUCUCCGGAGGCAAGGAGGAGGAGGAGCAGGGCAAGGCCGAGGUCAACCGCCUCAUCGACUCCAGCGAGGACAACGUGACCGAGCAGACCCACCACAUCAUCAUCCCCAGCUACGCCGCCUGGUUCGACUACAACUGUAUCCAUGAGAUCGAGAGGCGUGCACUGCCAGAGUUCUUCAACGGCAAGAACAAGUCCAAGUCCCCAGAAAUAUACCUGGCCUACCGUAACUUCAUGAUCGACACGUACCGGCUCAACCCUCAGGAGUACCUGACCUCCACCUCCUGCCGCAGGAACCUAACCGGAGACGUGUGUGCCGUCAUGAGGGUGCAUGCGUUCCUGGAGCAGUGGGGGCUGGUGAACUACCAGGUGGAUGCUGAGAGCCGGCCCCUCCCCAUGGGCCCCCCGCACCCCCACUUCAACGUGCUGGCUGACACCCCCUCUGGUCUGACGCCGAUGCACCACCGUCCCCCACAGAUCCCCUCCAGCCAGCAGAUGAUCAACUUCCCAGAGAAGGGCAAAGACAAGCCCUCUGACAUGCAGAACUUUGGCCUGCGUAACGACCUCUACUCCAAGAAGAACCCCAAGAGUAAAGGAACCAGCGGCGGCCGGGAGUGGACCGAGCAGGAGACUCUGCUCCUAUUGGAGGCUCUGGAGAUGUACAAGGACGACUGGAACAAGGUGUCGGAGCACGUGGGCUCGCGCACCCAGGACGAGUGUAUCCUGCACUUCCUGCGUCUGCCCAUCGAGGACCCCUACCUGGAGAACUCUGAGUCGUCCCUGGGCCCCCUGGCCUACCAGCCCGUACCCUUCAGCCAGUCAGGCAACCCUGUCAUGAGCACCGUGGCCUUCCUGGCCUCCGUGGUGGAUCCCCGUGUGGCCUCUGCCGCCGCCAAGGCAGCCCUGGAGGAGUUUAGCCGUGUGCGUGAGGAGGUGCCAGCAGAGCUGGUGGAGGCCCAUGUGAAGAAGGUGCAGGAGGCGGCCCGCAGCACAGGCAAGGUAGACCCUGCCUAUGGCCUGGAGAGCAGCGGCAUCGCAGGAAUCCCCGAGGAGCCCGAGAAGACCGAGCCAACAGAGACCGAGAAGGUGGACACAGACUCCGACUCCCAGCAGCCUGACAAGGCUGAGUCUAAGGACGAGGCGGAGAAGCCCAGUGAGUCUGCUGAGAAGCUGGCCGAGGGACACAAGGUGAAGAGCGAGACGGCCGAACUGUCUGAACGGGAGGAGGGAGAGAGUGAGGGAGGAGAGGGCAAGGCCACAGCAGACAAAGACAAGGAGGAGGCCAUGGAGACCUCAGAGGAGGACAAAGAGAAGGCGGAGCAGGGAGCGAUGGAAGAGGAGGAAGAGGAGAGGAAGAAGCGAGAGCCGGACGGGGGGGAGGGGAACAUUGCCACUGCAGCCGCUGCUGCCCUCGCCUCAGCUGCCACCAAGGCCAAGCACCUGGCGGCGGUGGAGGAGAGGAAGAUCAAGUCUCUGGUGGCUCUGCUGGUGGAGACUCAGAUGAAGAAGCUGGAAAUCAAGCUCAGACACUUUGAGGAGCUAGAGACCAUCAUGGACCGAGAGAAAGAGGCUUUGGAGUUGCAGAGGCAGCAGCUGCUGACGGAGCGCCAGGCCUUCCACAUGGAGCAGCUGAAGUAUGCUGAGAUGAAGGCUCGCCAGCAGAUGGAGCAGCAGCAGGCCAGCACAGUGGCCCAGGGCCCCGCACCCCACCAUGGUCCCCCAGGGCCAGGCAUGCACCACGGACCCUCCCACCAUGGACCCCCUCCCGCCAUGCACUCCGGACACGGCCCUCCCGGACCCGGGUUCCACCCCAUGGGUCCCCACCACCCGCAACAGACCGGCCCAAUGGGAGGGCCCGGUCAACUCAUGCCAGGACGCAUGAUGCCUGGCGGUCCCCCCACUGGCAGCAUGCCUCCUAUGAUGGGUCCCCGCCACCCUGGAGCCCCCAACGGCAUGUACCCUGGCCCUUCGCCUGUACAGGCUGAUGGUAUGCCCCCAGCAUCUGUGGGACCUCAAGCGGCAGCCCCAGCACGAGUUGCUGACAGCUAAGAUCCCUGCCCCCAAACAAACACACACCAGCACGCACUCACCUCUUAUAAAACCUCAGCUCAUUGAUGGCCUUGCUACUGGCUGAGUGUUCUCUCAGCUCCAAAAAGUCAUCCUGGCUUACACACACACACACACACACACACUCCCUCUCAGGGCACAGCGUCAAGGGGUCUGUGGCUCUGGCCCUCCUAGUAAGAACACUGUUUUCUCCUCAGUCAGUCUGGUGUGGGACAGAUCAGAUAGGCUCCUCCCAGUCAUUUUUAAGAAUAUAUUGUGUGUUCUCUAUUUUAAAAGAAUAUGAAGCUGAUAUUUCUGGAGGAAAUCGGAAAACUCCCACUUUUCCCUCUCACCUUUUUAGAAUGACACAGUAGUCUCUUCCUCUCCUUCAGCGCAACACCAACUCCCCCUCUUCCUCCCCCCCUCACGUCUUCCCCCAACACAACACCAGGGGGAGCUAGUUGGGUUUGAGGGCUAGUUGAUCGUUUAGGGACUUGUGUUGUGUACUGUAAUGAAUGGGAUCAUGAAGGUUCCUUCGACACACACAGAGGGGGCCAGUAACACUCCCUUCACACACACACACACACUCACUGAGAAUCUACCUCUCCACUUUGCUCUUCUGAAGCUAAAAACACUGUAGUCCAAAGUGUGUGUUCAUGUGUUUGUGUGUACGUUGUUGGUGUGUCAGAAGAGCAGAAUGUGCGUACAGCUGAGACAGGUGUUUGACUGUCUGCUCGGCUGCUCUGCCCCCCACCCCUCCUAUCACAUGGGUCAAACAACCGAUCGAUGGGCGUGUCCAGAGGGCCCAUAACUCAUAGCCCCCACCAGCUAGGCAUAGCACUGUACUACUCACACACUUAGCUGAACCCUGCUCUAGUACACUGGAGGCUGCUCACACACAGGCAAAGAGAAAAAGAAAAAGAGAAUCCCACUGACAUUCAUCCAUCCUUUUAGUGAGCUAGAUAUGGUGAUAUAGUUGAAGUUAAAAACCAUGUGCUCCUCCUCAGUGGUGGAGUGGGCGUCUAGCUGUUCUGGUGCUGAUAAUGUAGCUGCUACCGCUACCUCUCUUCAUCCAUCUUUGUUCAUUUCAACACCCCUCUACACCUUUCUGCUACCUCUGCCUCCUUUCUCUUUGUCUGUCUGCUACCUCUCUAGAACUGCUCUUGCUCGCUGCUAGCUACCUCUCUGCUCUGCGCACCCCUCUGCUACCUCUAGAACCCCUCUCUCAUUCGCUGCCCACGUGACUGCUGAGUUACUGUUACCACCCCCCCCAGGUAGAAUAUCACAUACACACAACGUCUCUUGCGCUCUCACACUUCCUCAUUCAAGGUCUUUCCAGUCUGUUAUAUCACAAAUGAUGAGAACCCCCUUAUAUCUUGUAUCUUUUUUUUUAUGGUCAUGUAUUUUUAAGAAUAAACAUUGUGUAGAUUUGAGAUCUUUGUUCUUGGAAGUUUGUAGCAUUUUAUUUUGUUUCUUCAGGUCUGUUGGUACUUGGACCUGGACAAUGUCUAAUAAAUUGAUUUUGUAUUAAGUGA